CGAUCUCAUCUCUUUUGUCUGUGUUCAAGGCAAUUACUUCUUAGAAAGUGGAAUUUCUUCAGAAUGACUAUGUACAAGAGCAAACGCAGAAACCAAAGAUAUAUCAACAUGGCAGGAGAACCAAAACCAUACAGACCAAAACCUGGGAACAAGCGGCCACUUUCAGCACUUUACAGACUUGAAUCAAAGGAGCCUUUCCUGUCCGUUGGUGGUUAUGUCUUUGAUUAUGAUUACUACAGAGAUGAUUUCUACAAUCGGUUGUUUGAUUACCAUGGCCGUGUACCCCCACCACCCCGUGCAGUGAUUCCACUGAAGCGUCCUCGUGUGGCUGUGACAACAACUCGCAGAGGCAAAGGGGUUUUCUCCAUGAAAGGAGCAUCACGAUCCACCUCAAGUGGGGCUUCUUCCUCAGGAUCCAAAUCACCCACCUGUCUUCCCCUGCCCCUUAUGUGGAGUGAUACUGUCCUUGGAAGCGUCACUGGAAGAGGAAGAGAAAGAUCAGUGAAAUCAGAUGAGUUGCAAACAAUCAAGAAGGAAUUAACCCAAAUCAAAACAAAAAUUGACUCCUUGCUAGGGAGACUGGAAAAGAUUGAAAAGCAGCAAAAAGCUGAAGCAGAAGCUCAAAAGAAACAAAUGGAAGAUAAUGCUGAUUUGAUUCAAGAAGAGUGCAUAUCAGAGAAUGCAGAUAACUCUACAGAAGAGCCAAUUGAAGGAGGGCCAGAUGCAGACGGGGAUGGAGAAGAAAUGACUGAUGGAAUAGAGGAGGAUUUUGAUGAGGAUGGCAGCAAUGAGCUGUUUCUACAGAUCAAGUGAUGAGAUGUCAUGUGUGAACCCCAUGAAGGCUGAGAAGAGAAACUCUGACUUCCCCACAGAAAAUUGUAAACUGCGGUUUCUUACUGGC